GGCGAGGUGGCCACAGCUGCUCAGGACAUUAACCUUUAGUUACAACUGCACUGUCCAUGAAACGACCGGGUUCGCCCCAUUUUAUCUUAUGUUUGGGCGUAUCCCGAGGCUACCUAUCGACAUCAUGUUCCAGCACGUCCUUUGUGAUGAUAGGGUGGUCAGCCACCAUGAGUUUGUCUCUGCGCUGAGAAGAGAUCUGAGCACAGCUGCAGAAAUUGCCCGCAAACACAGUCUCAAAGAGCAGAACCGACAUGCCAUUCUUUAUAAUCGGAAGGUCAGAGGUUCACCCUUAGCAGUGGGAGAUCGAGUUUUGCUGGCUAACCGUGGAGAGAAAGGCAUGAGGAAAGUUGCAGACAAGUGGGACUCUGUUCUGUAUGAAGUACAAUCAGUCAGACCAGAGAUUAAUGUGUACAGGAUUAAAGAUGUCCAGACUGGCAAAGAAAGAGUGGUGCACAGAAACCUGUUACUUCCAGUGAAUUUCUUAUCCUGGGAUGGUGAUGAUGAGGAGCAGUCUGUUCGAUCAGCUUCCACCGAUGCUACCCGUGGCAGUGCUCUUGAUUCUGCUCUUGUGGAUGAUACUGAUCCUGUUUCAAAGACAUCUGAAUGGUUAAUGCAGAUGGAUGGAACACAAAACAGUGAUGUUAUGCAGGAUGCCACUUGUGGUGAAGCUUCAGACAUCCCUGAUGAGAUGACUCCUUCAGAGUGUUCUGAUAAUGAUCAGCACAGUCCAGAAACUGAGCAUGUUCCUGAACCUAUUCAGAGUACAGAGAGUUUACCUGCAUCUAUGCCCAAUGAGUCCUCCAGUUGUGUGCAAGUACCUGAUAACAGAAAUGUUCCUGUUAUUUGCGAACAGCCCACAAGCACACUAACCAGUCACAUCACUACACGGUUAGGGAGAUUAGUUAGGCCCCCUAACAGACUUAUUUGUGAAAUUGAUAAUCAACAAAUUGUCAGAAGUGAUUCACACAGUGAUGCUCAAGUUAUUUUUCAAGGAACUAGCUUUGUUGAGUUGUUGAGGAACCUUUUUGUUUAAUAUGUCAGAGUGUGAAUGAUGAUUCAUAUCUAAGAGUCAAUUAUAAUGUUAAGUGUUUAACUUUGAAAAGAGUUUCUUGCAUUGUUGCACUGAAAAUUUGAAGAGCAGAGAUACAAUUGUAGCCUCUUGGAGUGUGUAGACUGCACCUCCUAUAGUCUGUGUUAAGUAUGGGACCUGGUACCAUUCCAUUCUUACGCACUUCCUAGGAAGAGAAUGAUUUUCUGACGUACUGUAUUGUAAAGCUCUUAUAUUCACAUCUGUUUUAAUUUUUUUUCUGCAAUCUUUACUGUGUAUUCUAUUUGUUACAUAUGCUGGUUCUAGCCCAAUUUAGCAGAAUUUAAGGGGGGUGUAUGUAACGGAGUUUAAAAAUAAUGUUAGUUAAAUUCAGCAUAAAUUGGGAAACUCGCCAUUGGCUGUGACGUCACUUGUGUUAGUGCACAUGAUAUUGCGGGGCGGAGCUCUAUAAUCAGAAUCUCAUAGCUCGUCCUGCUGGUAAGUCGCAUAAAUGUUUGCUCCGUCUUAAUAAUUAAGUCUGGAUAAUUUUCAAGCCCAAGUUUGAACUAUAAACCACACAAAAGACGUUGUAUGCGACAUCGAUGUGCUAUAUGCUGUAUGCUGAUAAGCCAUUUGGUCCUGUUUUCCCAGGUAUGUGUUUUAUUCGAGUUUUGUCAUGUUCUAUGUUAAAAUAUUAGCCCCAGCUGAAUGUUAGCUUUUAGCACAUGUGCUGUAUCGUCUCGCACGUGCUCUCUGCUGUGUAACUGCGCCAUCUAAGGGCUGCGUUAUUCUCUCUCCAUUUCAUUUAUAUAAAAUAUGUAAAAUGAUGGUUACUUGAGUUUAUAUUUUC